AUGAGGGCCGAACAAGGGGACCCUCUCGCCGUGGGUCCGCAGCUGGAGGCCACCCUGGAGCACAAAGUGCAAACGGAAGAGCAGGAUGGGGUCGUGGGGAAAGGCCCGCCUGCUGCCCAGGAGAGGGAUAGCUGGGGACGCUGGAAAAAAACUGGGGAAGCUUCCUCUAAAGAGGACCUUGCCUGCUUAGAUGCACAAGAGCAUCAAGUGCCGGAUCCAGAGUGUCCCGCAAAGGAGAACGUCCCAGAGCAGCUCCGGACGCGGGAGAGCUCGAGUAGGGAGAGCGGCUCCGAGAUCUUUGGCGGGGCAGAAGUUUCCCAGCAGGGGCAGUGGGACGAAGAAGAGCCAGAGGAGCCGGGAUCAGUGACCUUUGAGGAAGUGGCUGUGCGCUUCACAGAGGGAGAGUGGGGUCUGCUGGAUCCAGGCCAGAGAGCACUCUACAGAGAAGUCAUGGUGGAGAACUAUGGGAACGUGGCCUCACUGGAGGGACCCCCAGUGGCCAAACCUGACCUCAUCUCGUGGCUGGAAGAAAAAGAAGAGGUCUUUGACCAAAACUCUAUAGAAGGGGAGAGACCAGCAGGCUGUGUCCCGACCGGUGGGGCGCGGGACGGCGAAGGAGACGCGGGACCCCCUGAGCCAUUGUCUGACAGAAGUGGAAGAGAAGAGGUGGAGAACUUGGGGAACCAGAGUGAGACGACGAUGCAGGAGGAAAGCCAGCUGACCGAGAUGUGGAGGAAGAAACCAAAUGAUGAUGACAUUGUGACAGGGAUCGGGGAAGAGAAUUUUCAACAGGAAGGCCUCCUAUUGGAAGAAUCACUAGAGCCUUUACCAGGAGGGUCCCAGGAGACAGUUUCCUUCCCAGCCAAAGCUGCGGAGACUGAUGAUGGGGAGAGCGAGAGUGAGUGGGAACCCGGAGAGAUGUUGUCUGAAGAAACGGAGGACGAAGAUGCAGACGAGAACUACGGGAGUCGGAAUGGGCCGGAGAGACAGGAGGAAGACCCAGCAGGGAUGUGGACAAACAGAUCCCCUGAUAGCCAGGGUAACGACUUCCGCGGAACGCCGGCUCAGCAGAAGACGUACAAAGGAAAGAGAAAGAACCAGUGCAAAGUUUGUGGGAAGAGCUUCACUCGUAAGUCGAGCCUUAAGGUGCACCAGAGAAUCCACACGGGGGAAAAGCCGUACAAAUGCACCGUCUGCAGCAAGGGCUUUUGUGAUAAGACCAGCUUUCUCCGGCACCAGAGGAUCCAUACCGGUGAAAAACCGUACAAGUGCCCCGAUUGUGGGAAAAGCUUCAAUCGGACCACCAACCUUAUCACACACCAGAAGACCCACGUGGAGACACGGGAGAAGACCUUCCACUGCUCCAGCUGCAGCAAGAGCUUUUACAACAAGUACAGCCUCAAGACACACUGGCGCAGCCACACCGGCGAGAAGCCCUACAAGUGCUCGAGCUGCAGCAAGAGCUUCUGUGACAAAUCCAACCUGGAGGCCCACUGGCGGGUGCACACGGGCGAGAGGCCCUUCGAGUGCUCGGAGUGCGGGAAGACCUUCAGCGACCGCCGGACCCUCCUGCGGCACCAGCGGAUCCACACCGGGGAGAAGCCUUACAGGUGCACGGAGUGCGGGAAGAGCUUCAACGAUCUCGCCACGCUCCUGCGGCACCAGAAGAUCCACACGGGGGAGAAGCCGUACCGGUGCACAGAGUGCGGGAAGAGCUUCAACCAGAGCUCGCACUUGAUCCGCCACCAGGCCACGCACGAGCAACGCCAGAAGGGCACCUCGCGCAGGGCCAAGGCGGCGUCGAUCGGAACCAAUAUCGGAACCAACAUCUUCUUGGACAUUGGCGAUUUCUCCCAGGAGGGCUACUACAGGUACACUCGCCCGACAGAAACCUUCCACUGGCCGCUCACGUCGUACUCCCCUUCCACAGAUACGGGAGGAGGAGGUGGCAUUACGAAUGUCUGGACUAUCGCGGAGUCUCCCGUCGGAGAUCAAGCCAUCUUAGUUAUGAAAGAACUCCCGGAGGACCGGACCAUCACCCUGUGAGCACUCGGUACGCAGGAGGGGGUUUCCUUUCUUUCUUUCAGAUGAGACUUCCCCCCGUCGGGCAUUACAGUCCGGUCAUGAGAGGAUUCCGAACGGUGUCUAGAUGCUCCUCAAAGUGACCGUGGGUCGAAGAUUAAAUUUCUCCACCCUCAACGAGGUAGUCUUAUACAAAUGGAUCUGCUCCCAAGGACUGGCACAAAUGGAGGGGGAAAAAAUACAGAUAGAAGAGUCUCUAGGAAGAUGCCGUUUUAGUUCCAGUACUGAAAGACGGCAUGGAGUCUGUUAUAUUUCCCUCCUCUGUCUUCUUGGCCGGCAUCCAUUAUCUAUAUUUAUUGGGGCGAUCUGCUUCUUGACAGUUCCCGUAGCAAUGCAUGCCUUGGUAAUGGAAACGAGACAGAUCAGGGAGCAUUGGAGAUUAUGCAAUUUUGAAGGGCCUUCAAUGGAAGGUUCAGACUUUCCAUUUCACAACACUAUUUAGAUUGACUGAGAUUUGACAGCCUGUGGCGUGGCUUGGAAAUCGUCUCCCUGGAAGACCUGACCAUGGUACGAGGGCUGUAAAGAUCUUUGCCCCCUCUUCCCCCUUUCUCCUUGUAAGAUUUUCAGAUUGGGUCAUAUUUGACUUGAGGGAAAAGACAAAUUAGAAACGGGUAUCUUUGACUUGUUCUGAUCAACACCACCUCUGAAAGGGAUGUCUAAAAAGGCUUGUCGUUUCUUGGAUGACUAGAUGAGGAAGUAGACUGUUGAAUUUGCCACAGCGUAUAUCUAAAAAGGUAUCAGGAAUAUAUUGGAAUGUAGCUUCUCGUAUCAGAAGAAAUUUGCUUUCAAAAAAAUGUGGGUGGAAGGCGUGUGGAAAUGUACCAACCAGAAUCCCAUAAGGGUGUACAGUGCAAGAAAUUACUUUUUAAAAAAAGUAAAUUCAUACAGUUCUUUUAAAUCUUAUGCUCCAAGCUGUUUAACCACCUGGGCCAAAAAUUUCAGACAGGCCUAGGAACCCUUUGAAUUCAGGAACAGAGAAUGGCUCCCUUUCAUAGAACCGGCCUCCAGGUAUUCAGUUUUGGGAUAAGAGCUACCCCCCAUGAAAUAUAUUUCUGAAAACUGAGCAUAUAGAUGUAUAUGAGAGAGAGAGCGUAUGGUAUUUCCCAAAGCUUUGGCAUGCUUUUUAAUACACACAGAAGAUUCGUGUUUCAGCCGCAAUUCAAUAGAGAUUAGCUGUAAGGGUGUGAUGCUGGAGUUGGGUAUGGAAAUCUAGGGGUGUCAUUUGCCCUUUAAAAAGGCCCCCCGGGGGAGGGGAGAACUGGAUUGGGACUGUGAUG